CAUGUUAAACUAAGAAACUUAAGCAAUGGUGAGGAAUUGGGUAAUUUUUACUCUCGUUUGUUUGGUUUUCUUUGGUGGGUUUUCUUCAGUUUCUGCCAUCCCACCUGCAAAAAUUGUAACUUCAGUUGUCUCAAAUGUGGUGUCUGGUCUUGUUAAAUGGCUAUGGUCACUAAAAUCAGAACCCAAAACUGCUGUUUCUAGCCGUUCCGUGAUGAAAUUUGAAGGUGGAUACACUGUGGAAACGGUUUUUGAUGGAAGCAAACUUGGGAUUGAGCCAUUUUCUGUUGAAGUUUCCCCAAGUGGAGAGCUCUUGGUGUUGGAUUCUGAAAAUAGCAACAUUUACAAGAUCUCAAUGCCAUUGUCUAGAUAUAGCAGACCUAAGUUUGUUGCUGGAUCAUCUGAAGGGUACUCCGGGCAUGUAGAUGGGAAACCAAGAGAAGCUAGAAUGGAUCAUCCAAAAGGGCUUACGGUGGAUCACAGUGGAAAUGUAUAUAUUGCAGACACAAUGAAUAUGGCUAUCAGGAAGAUCAGUGAAUCAGGGGUUACAACUAUUGCUGGAGGAGGAAAAUGGAACCAAAUAGGAGGCCAUGUCGAUGGUCCAAGUGAAGAUGCAAAAUUUUCAAAUGAUUUUGAUGUGGUUUACAUUGGGAGUAGCUGCUCUCUUUUGGUUAUAGAUAGAGGAAACCAGGCAAUUCGGGAGAUUCAGCUCAAUGAUGAUGAUUGUUCCCAUCAGUAUGAUGGCAGUUUUCAUUUAGGUAUAGCAGUGCUUGUUGCUGCUGGCUUCUUUGGUUACACGCUGGCAUUGCUGCAGCGAAGGGUACAAGCAAUGUUCUCUUCCCAUGAUGACUCAAAAGCUCCAAUGAAGGGAGGAGCAACUAUGGCACCAUAUCAGAGGCCUCCUAAAUCAGUCAGGCCUCCCUUAAUUCCAGCCGAGGAUGAACCUGAAAAAGCAGGAGACGGUUUCAUUGGUUCUAUUGGUAGGCUUGUCCUGAACACCAGCUCAUCUGUGGCUGAAAUAUUUGGGGGAUUAUUUUCGGUCUUCGGAAGGAAGCCUCGUCAUUAUCAGUUUCAACAUCAAUACCAGCAAUCAACCAUGCAUUCGAGAGGAUGGCCUAUGCAAGAAAGCUUUGUGAUCCCUGAUAAAGAUAAGCCACCUUCCUUGGAUACUAGAACGCCAACACCCAAAAGGAGUUACCCAUUUAUGACCAAGGACCUUGAAAGAAAAUACCACAUCAAGCAAAGCCGUUCUUACUAUAAUGGAUGGGAUGCUAACUAUCAGCAACAGCAGCAAAUGCAGAUGCAGAUGCAGAUGCAGCAGCAGCAGCAUCCGCACAAGCAUUAUUCAUCCAACCCACAAACUUAUUAUGAGAAGAGCUGUGAGACAAAUGAGAUCGUUUUCGGGGCAGUUCAAGAACAAGAUGGAAGGCGCGAAGCUGUGGUGAUAAAGGCUGUAGACUAUGCGGAUCCUAUCCAUAAUCACCACAACCUUCGACCUCGUUUGAAUUUCAUGGAUUACUCCCAUGGCUAUUGACCAUCUGCUGCAGCUUAUUAAUCAAAUGACAGCAAACGAAGAUCUUUCGAGUUCAUAUGUAUAUGCUACGAAAAUGGGAUUAUGAAAGUUUAACAGUUUUUUCAUUUGAUUCUCCUUUUUUAGGAUAUAUGUUAAUGUAUGUGCGAGUUGUUCGUAAGGAUAAAACCCUAAAAACACGAAAAAGAGAGAUCGAUCAAUGAUAAAGGUCAGGAAUUUUUUCGACAUUUAUACUCCGAUGCUUAAAUCGGUGAGAGUAAAGUGAAAUGUAGGCUUGAAAGUCGAGAGUUCUCAAUGCUUUUAGAGAUACUUGGAUAGAACUACUUGUGUGAUUAGGACUUUGGGUAUGGUGGCUCAUGGUCGGUGUAAAAGGGCUAGGGCUGACUUGAGUUGAAUUGGCAGUUGAGAUAGCGAACUGACAUGGACUCGGGUUGGUUGAGACAUACUUGGAUAGAAUUACAUAUACUUGUGUGAUUGGGACUUUGGGUCUAAGUGGAUCAA